AUGGAACAGGGUCGCGAACUGAAUCUCGCUCCGCACAAAUACGGACGCGGACUGUAUCUUAGCCUCUAUAAACGCGGACAGGGUGUGACAGCGAAGAAAAAAAAACGCCAAAGAGACGAUAAAAAUGCCCUCGGGUGCAACUACCAAUGUGCAAUUAGACGUUCUCGCGAGACGACUAUGCGCGUACCAUACUUUAAAGGUUUUAUGCGUAACGCGUUACCGACAAGCGGCGCCCGUCAAAACGAAAGCGGUAUCGUGAAUCUGGACGAUGCAACCGAGCCGCAGCACUAUCUGCAAGAACAGCAGCUGCAGCAACCGCAACAGCAGCAGCAGCAGCAGCAGCAGGAGCACCAGCAAGAGCUGCAGCAACCGCAGCAGCAGCAGGAGCGAUGUGCGAGCGGCCAAGAAUAG